ACAGAUGUCCUGGGGGUUUUAGUCAAGCAGGGUGGUCUGACUACACAGAGGAAAACUCCAGUGUGUGGCGAUGGACUGCGAUAUGAAGUGUUAAUCCGUUAUUAACGCAUGACAACAAAACUACGCGUGACCUGACUGUCCUGCGUUGGAUGACUUUGCUGAGUCGUGGACAAGACGCAUUCCUUCAGGAUUCCUUCAAGAUCAUUCUUGGAGGCAACAGCAGAUGCAGCCGAGAGCAGCAAUGGUCGAGUCAGCGAGAACCGCAGUGGAGCCGCACUGAGGCAGAGCAAGCUAUCCCCCUAUCUGGGACUAGCACAACAAAUAAGGGGGAGAAGAAACGUGGUGGAGGUAAUCGUACAACCCAAAACCUGAAUGCCGCCUAUGCAUUAAAAUUAAACGGAUACACGGAAUUCCCUAACUCCUGCUGCAACAGAGCUCCCGAAGUCGACCGACAAUAUGACCGUAGUGGCAGGAGAUAACAUGGACGAGACAGCGGCCGUACCGGGGCAUCCACAGGACGCUUACACCCCCGACCACGAAGACCACGACUGCUGCGAGAGGGUGGUGAUCAACAUAGCAGGGCUCCGGUUCGAGACGCAGCUUAAAACUCUCUCUCAAUUCCCAGAGACAUUGCUAGGCAACCCCAAGAAGCGGAUGCGCUACUUUGACCACCUGAGAAACGAGUAUUUUUUUGACAGAAACCGUCCUAGUUUCGACGCUAUACUCUACUAUUACCAGUCCGGAGGCAGGCUAAGAAGGCCCGUCAAUGUCCCAUUGGAUAUGUUCUCGGAAGAAAUAAAGUUUUAUGAGUUGGGAGUGGAUGCCAUGGAGAAAUUCCGUGAGGACGAGGGCUUCGUCAGGGAAGAAGAACGUCCUUUACCUGAAAAGGAGUUUCAGCGUCAGAUCUGGCUGCUUUUUGAGCACCCAGAGAGCUCGGGUCCAGCCAGAGGGAUUGCUAUAGUAUCUGUAAUGGUAAUACUGAUUUCUAUAGUCAUAUUUUGUUUAGAAACUUUACCCGACUUGAAAGAAGACCCGAAGGGUCGUUUUAAGACUGUAGGAAACCAUACAUUUUACUACAAACCCAAUAUCCUAACCGACCCUUUCUUCAUUAUUGAAACUCUUUGCAUUAUCUGGUUCUCAUUCGAGUUACUGGUGCGUUUUUUCGCGUGUCCAAGCAAGGCUGCUUUCUCCAAAAACAUGAUGAAUAUUAUCGACAUAGUGGCCAUCAUCCCUUACUUCAUCACACUGGGCACGGAGCUGGCUGAGGACCCCAAAGACCAAGGCGAAGGCAUGGGGGAGCAGGCGACAUCUCUGGCCAUCCUCAGGGUGAUCCGUCUGGUCAGAGUGUUCCGAAUCUUCAAGCUGUCACGACACUCCAAAGGAUUGCAGAUCCUUGGGCAGACCCUCAAAGCUAGUAUGCGCGAGCUGGGAUUGCUGAUUUUCUUCCUCUUCAUCGGAGUCAUCCUCUUCUCAAGCGCAGUGUAUUUCGCAGAGGCCGAGGAGAGAGGCUCUCAAUUCGGUAGCAUACCGGACGCAUUCUGGUGGGCAGUGGUGUCCAUGACAACUGUGGGCUACGGGGAUAUGGUGCCCGUCACCAUAGGGGGCAAAAUAGUAGGUUCCCUUUGUGCCAUUGCUGGUGUGUUGACGAUUGCGCUGCCAGUGCCUGUCAUUGUGUCCAACUUCAACUACUUCUACCACAGGGAGACGGAGGGAGAGGAGCAGGCCCAACUCCUAAACGUUAGUGAACCAAACAUUACUGAGACCAACUCUAGUCGCCGCAGCUCAUCCACGGUCAGCAAAUCAGAAUACAUGGAGAUUGAUGGAGAUAUAAAUAAUAGCAUCGACAAUUUUAGGGAGGCAAACCUCAGAAUUGGGAAUUGCACUAUAGCUAACCAAAACUGUGUAAAUAAAAGCAAGCUGCUUACAGAUGUAUAGAAUUAGAACCCAUGGAACAUGUUGGAAUAGACCAUCACUUUCGAAUGUCUCAUUUGGCUAAAGCGCUCUAUUAUGUAAAACAACCAUGCUCAGCAUUUGAAUGGAAUUAUUAGACAAAAAUAAGAAAAUAAGUUGACACUAGAGAAUAUGACGGAUAGCUAAUUAUUUAAUAAGUGAUCCCUCAGUUACAUUUCGAACAAUAAUGCAAAUAAACUUCUAUUUAACACGCACACGGCAUAAGCGGGCGCUCUUUGGGAUGCCUGACCGACCACACUCGAGGACAUAUCUGUCUUCAUCAGAAGAAGUCAGGCAAGAUGAUUUAAACGUUAUGCAUGGAUUACUGAUAACAUUUCAGCAAGUCGCACAAUGCCUCCAGGAGAAAAUGCAUCAGAAAUAACCAUUGCUGCAGAGAGACAAGCAAGUCAGCAUCUGCAGCAGUCAGGCAGUGGUCGGACCGACCCACGCCUGGCCGGGAGUCAGGGAGCUGACCUCCCUGUCUUCAAAGGACCUACUAUCCAGCAAAGCACCUUAUAGGAAAAAAAAGACUGAUCACUGAUCCCCUAGUUUAAAUGUUAAAGAGAGGGUGGUCUACUCCCUUCUGAUACGGACAUCCGCAAUGCUGCUAUUUUACAGCAGUAAGAUGCUGUAAUUAUGAUAUCACCAAGUGAUUCAAUGGCAUUUUAGCCCUUUAGAUGCAAGACAGCACAAUGAUAUAUCAGAAGAGCUUAAUGUGAGCAUGUUUAGAGACUCCCCAUACGUUUUGAUAUUGGCAUGCGUGACGAUGAGACCACAUAAUAAUGGUAAAAAAUCUUUAUUUUGGAUUUUUGCAUUCCCCUUAUGCCUUCAUUCGAUUUCCCCCUUUAGCAUUCGUUUUCACUGAGAGUGCAGCACUGUUUUCAAAUAGUUCGGGAUUUGAAAAUAUCUAAAUCAUUUAUUAGUAUCUACAGAGUGAAUGUUAAAAAUCAUAAGGAAACAGUAACUAAACAAAGAUCAUAGCAUGAGAAAAAGUUACCUGCAUUAUGGCCUAACGACUAAGGUACCGUGUAUCCUAGUAUAUCUAAAUGCAUGAAGUCAGUAUCCAGCUUGUUGCAAAUAGAGACACUGAAAAGUGUUUAACACUCAUACGAAACGACGGAACUUUCUUUCCCUUUUUUAUUUUUAUCCCUAAAACGUUUCUGAAAUGUGACAAAAUAUAUUCAGUCCCAACUCGGGAUGCCGACUUUUUUUUAUUUUAUUUAAUAACGUAAUAGAUCAAAGAAGCAGAAGAAAAUACCUAUUAUCAAAAUGCAUAUAUUCAUAAAUAAGCACCAAGUUACAGUGUUACUUCAAUAGUGCCGUGCAUGGACCGUUGAACAAAGAAAAAGUAAACAUUUUAUGAGUCAUGCCUUCCAUUUCACUAAAUUUAGAGACAUGUUUGUUUUUUAACAAACAAAACAAUCAAUACAACCUAAUUUCCCGAUAUUAGCCUUUAUUUAAUAGAUAUUGCAAAUAAUUAUUUUUUACAUUAGUUGCUAGUGCCUUUACCCCCUCACCAUGCGACGGGCUCAGUGAAAGUGCCUCUGUAUAUGUAGCAUACAACUGUGACCCAUGACCAGUUGAACAGAUCUGGUGCAGAAGGUCUUCUCUCAGCACUGAUAUGCUGCUGUUGUUGUUGUUGAUGAGGAUGAUCGAUUGUUAUGAUAAUAAUGAACUCAGCAAGAGAAUGUUUGCGAGAACAGCCAUGUAGGUGCACGAUGGUUGUGUUGACUCAAGACUCUAGAACAUGACACCAGAAUAGGAUGCUAGAAUGAAAACUCUAGAGCAAGACUCUAGAACAACUCAACAUUCUAGUUGUUGUAAUGCACUUAUGUCCUCAGUAGAACAGCCCAGUCUGUAAGUCCUUCACUCUGCUCUCCCCUAUGCACCACUCCAAAUCAAAAGGGAAUAACCAUGGCUUUGCAUUUGCUUUGCGUUGCUGUUGCCAUUGAUUUAUGUGCCAUAAGUCUUUUAAAUGUGUCUACCUCAGUGAGGUUACUGCAGAACUCACUGCAGAGCCGCAAGCUAAGCAGAGCUACAGGCCUCUGCUGAGCAGAACGUACUUUGUCCAUGGCAUGCAAAAUGGCCUCUUACUGGAGUGGACUGAGGUCACCAGGGCCUGCAUUUAUAAAGUGUCUCAGAGUCAAAGUGCUGAUAUAGGAUCAUGUGCCCAAUCUACAGUACACAUAAUCCUAUAUUCAUUAUGAUAUAAAAGGCAAAAACAAUGCUACAGCGACAGUCCCCUGCUGAGAUGCUUGAUGAGUGCGUUCCCUGGUGUUAAACUCUUGGACUCCGAAAGUAGCCUUAGACAAGCACUUAGGUCUUAGGACGUAUUGUAUCAACCACCUGUAUCCUUAUUCCCUUUUCCUUCCAAGCUGCGCACAAUCAAAGAAGAAUUGAAACAUGCUUUUACUGUAUAUAGAUGCAAAAGCAGAGUAGACUAUAUCGUAGUGAGGAGGCAGAGUCAUAGUGAGUAGGCUAUGUCAUAGUGAUGUGUAAUCUUUGAAAAAAAAAUGCAUCGAUACAAAUGGUUUGGUUUGGAAUAUUUGGUGCGACUGUUAUGUCAUGGAAACACUGUGGAGAAUUAUAUCUGAGAAUGCCCAAAUAUUGAGCCAAAUGUCAUUAAUGUGUGUCAAUGGAAAUAGAAUUACUCACACCCAUUUCAGACUAGUGAUUUGAAUGGGAUUGUCCUUUAUUGUAAUUCUAUGUGUAUACAUGUCAGAAGUACGAUGGAGUAGCCAGAGAGAUGUAAAGUUGAUUUGAAGUGAUUUGAAAUUUCACUCUGGGUAUUAAAAUCACAUUUAUCAUAUGCUAUUCUGUCUGCUACAGUAGGCCCAUUUGCUUAAUAGUCACAGGUAUUUUAUCAUUGAGUUUUCCAUCUCUCAGCAAAGCUAACUGAUGCAUUGUGAAUGUUUUGUUGUUGCAGCCGAAUUUGGGCUCAAGUGUGUGAAAUGACAAAAUGAUUUAGGGUCCAGGCACAUGGUUGUGGUAGCACCCCUAGGAAAUGUUUGUGACACUAACACUGAGUGGGCUCUGUACUUGGAAUAGAAGUUAUGACACCAUGUAUAAACAUUGUGAAAGAUUCAGUGACCCUCAUGACAGUGUGUAUAUAAUUUAGGUCAAAGUUAGUGUGCCAUUUUUUUUUUCAAUUGGAAGUGGCUGCAUCUACACCCCUUGAACAAUUCCCCCCCCAUAGGUUUGUGCAAAGGCUAUAACUUUGGUAGACUAGUAGAAUGCCACUUUGGACUUCAGCAAGAUAAUUUGCACAUGUUUGUAAACAAAGACAUUUUUGAUUCUGUGAAUCUACUGGCUGGUUGUUUUGGGCGGUAUGUCAUUGGCUGUAAUCUUUCUGUUUGCUUGUGAUCUUUCUACUGUAUCACUGGAUGUUUAGAACGUGUCUGUCUUCUACAGGUCUGGUGUGUGCCUGUCCCUUCAUCAAUGUGAUUUCAGCUGACUUAAAUAUGUCAGUGGAGUGGACAUAUGAGUUAAUUGUAUCAGUGGAGUUGACAUAUGAGUUAAAUGUAUCAGUGGAGUUCACAUAUGAGUUAAAUGUAUCAGUGGAGUUGACAUAUGAGUUAAAUAUAUCAGUGGAGUUGACAUUGGAGUUAAAUACAUCAGUGGAGUUGACAUAGGAGUUAAAUAGAUCAGUGGAGUUGACAUAGGAGUUAAAUAUAUCAGUGGAGUUGACAUAGGAGUUAAAUAUAUCAGUGGAGUGGACGAAUGAGUUAAAUAUAUCAGUGGUGUUGACUUAUAAGUUAAAUAUGUCAGUGGAGUUGAUUUAUAUGAGUUAAAUAUAUCAGUGGAGUUGACAUAUGAGUUGAAUAUGUCAGUGGAGUUGACUUAUGAGUUAAAUAUAUCAGUGGAGUGGACAUAGCUAAAUAUGCCAGUGGAGUGGACAUAUGAGUUAAAUAUAUCAGUGAUGUAGACUUAUGAGUUAAAUAUGACAGUGGAGUGGACAUAUGAGUUAAAUAUGUCAGUGGAGUUGACAUAUGAGUUACAAAUAUCAGUGGAGUUGAUAUAUGAGUUAAAUAUGUCAGUGGAGUUGACAUAUGAGUUUCAUAUAUCAGUGGAGUUGAUAUAUGAGUGAAAUAUGUCAGUGGAGUUGACAAAUGAGUAACAUAUAUCAGUGGAGUUGAUAUAUGAGUUAAAUAUGUCGGUGGAGUUGACAUAUGAGUUACAUAUAUCAGUGGAGUUGAUAUAUGAGUUAAAAAAGUGUCAGGGAUUUUCAGGCCUUCUAAUGAAGAAAAGGUAAUCAAGUCUUAGAGGGAUGGUUCACCCAAACCACAAAAUUACCAAUUGGUUUCCUUACCGUGUAAGCAGUUUAUGGACAAGGAGGACAGCAAUUCAUCCGUUGAUUUAGAUCCUCUGGCACUGCAUCGAAACGCUAACCUUUUAGCAUUUGUGGCACAAACCCUAUUAUACCCUUUUUUUGAAACAUGAUUGUUAAGCUCACCAAAAAUGGAAUGUAAACAACUAUGAACAAUUUGGUCCAACGUAUGGGAGUUGUGCCAGAAAUGCUAAACCAAAGCCUGAUUUGCUGUCAUACCUGUACACAGACUGCACACAGACUUCUUGACACCAACAUGUUAGCAUCUGUUAACCACCCCUGUAAGGAAGGACCGUGUUCAAUAUGUCAGCGUGUAUAAUGUGAUUACCGUCAGCCAACGGAUCUCUACCUUGUAUGUUGGGCAAAUAGUAUUUUCACCAUAUGUGGUUUCUCUGACGGCCCAGAAUGAGUGGUUGGACAAAGACGUCCUGCGUCACCAAAUACCCAUGAUGCAACAGUCCAGAGUGAGGUUGGGGGAAGUCAUGCGAAACUCCUCACAUCACAAUACCAGUGCAUCCAUUGCUCUUGAUGUGAGGGCAAUCUAUGUAUGGUGCUAUGCAUUCAAUUAUUUUACAAAGAAACUAACAAUGCAUUCUUAUAGCAAUAGAAUUACAGGUACCUGUUUCUUAGAGACUUUUAUAAAAUAGCAGAUGAAUUAAUCUAUUUUAUAAAGAUGUGGACAAGAAAGAAAAUCUUGAUCUCUUGACAAGACAUUUACAACAGGGCUGUGUGUGUUAUUUAUUCUGACCUAUUUAUUCUUUGAUUCAUGUUAAGGUUGUUGUGGUCUUUAAUGUCAGUUAGCCAGAGGUUAAAGGUACAUUUCAACACCUGGGCCGUGUUGACUAGGGAAAACCAUAGCUGAAACAAAAACACUUGUGUUUUCUAUUGACAAGUACAGAUAGCACCUCUUCUUCCCCUUAGUAUCAUGUUUUCUUCAGUUUGGUGCCUAAUGAACAGGACCCUGUUCUAAAACCAACCAGAGAAAACCUAUGAAGUCAAAUAUAAGUAUUGUACAGUGGUCACACAGUCCCCAUCAACUUAUCAGGUUUACCUGGAAUUGUUUUCUAACAUGGAUAGUGUUGAUAAAAUGAGGCAAAAUAGCCCUGUCGGAAAAAGAUAGCUUGUUAGGCAAUGAGCUGAGAGGAUACAGUGCCCAUCCGCGGCUGUAUUACCUGUGUUCAGUGUGAAUUUAAUGUGAAGGAGAGUCUGAGGAGAGUCUGCCUGUUUUGGUUUGUACACAUUUUGCAUUUACUUUAAACUGUUUCAGAGAUGUAUCUUUUUUAAACAGAAGACAUGAGGGAGGUCUUUAAAAAAAUAAAACCACCAUUCAGAGAAACAACAUGAACAAAAAAAAACUAUUAGUAAACUAUAUAUACUUUAAAAUGCGUCAGAAACAUACCAUUAAGCUACAGUAAAAUAGAGUAUAACAAGCAACUAUAUAUUGCAGAAUGUCAAAACCAAUGAUGAAUAUCUGUUUUCAUUGUGUCUUAUUUUGUUUUGUUUUUUAGUGGCGCUAUACUAUGACUGAUUGUUUUUAGGAGCACGCCUUUAUACUGAAAUAUCAAAGGCUAUAAUAAUGUGUUCCUUUGGCAAGCCAUGAUGAUUUACCUGACCUAGCAUCAUUGUCCAUUUACAAUAUGUUUGAAUGAUAUGGACAACAAAUAACUGUAUUAGCACCAAGAUGUAUUUAAAAUCAUUUUUAUUUAAUUUUUAAGAAACAAACAUUUGUCUGAACAAACCAAAUCACUGAAGAUUGAGAGAGAUUCCAAACACCCAUCACUAAAAACCAACCGAUAAUGUAUAGAAAAUGAAGACAUAUCUCUAUGGCAACCUACUGAUCACAAAAACUGCAUGGUCAACAAGAAGACUGCAUGAGCUUAGCCUAGAAGAACUGUGGAUCAACUAUAAUGACGGUUGCAUCAUUUAAAGAAAACCCUUGCUUUCAUUGACACCAAAGGCUUCUAUAUCAAAUACACUCCUUCAUUUAGAAUCUAUCGUUUUCAAGAAACAUCGUCGUUUGCCAAGAAUCUUGACACACGUCUCAAUAUCAGAUCAGAUGAACAUCCUGACAGUAGGUGGCAUCACUAUUUAAUCAGACAGUUCUGAUACUGCAAUCAUUAACGUCACACCUUUUUCGAAAUAGCCUGGUUUCAGAUGUGUUUGCGCUGUCUUGCCAACUAUCUGGUCAUUGUCAGGCCAAGUUUGCUUGGCAGUUACCAAUGACAACGAUCAUAGGAGUUGGCGAUACAGCACAUACAGACCCGUGACUAGGCUAUGCGCAUUCAAACCUCACUUCACUCAGGUUAAUGAAGGGAGGGGAGGGGCUCCCAUUUGAUGACAGGAAAUUAUAUGGUUGCUAGACAUACGGUUGCUAGGAGUUUUGUCUUCCAGUCCACCAGUCAGAACGUACCUGCAUCCCAGAUGGCAUCCUGUUACCUCUGUUGUGCAGUUUAUCCAGAGCCAUGUUGGGCAUCCCAAGGCCCUGGUCAAAUGUAACGCAAUAAAAACAGAGAAGGCUGCAAUUUUGAAUGCUAACAUUGUGCGCCUAUAUAGAACUGUGACCCUAUUAGGUACUGUAGCUGUAGCCAACCUAUAUACAACCUAUAGAAACCGGAAUUCCGGAACUGGAAUGUGUCACAAAGAUAUCGGACUGUGACAGUGCAUUAUUAUUAGGGAAGCUGGCCCUCUUUUGAAGAAAACGGUUUAAGGACACAAGGAACUGUUGACCCACUGGCGACUGUUCAGCAGGGUCCCACCUUAUAAUACAUUAAGAUAGAAAUGUAUUGUGUAGAUCGGCUACCUGACAGGCUGUCGUGUAAAACUGUGAGCCAUGUCAGCUCUACAUAUUACAUUUCUACCAGCAACGUUUUGAACGUUUCACCUAAUGGAAUACACCCCUGCUUUUUUAUUUAUUUUAAGUAAUCCAUUUGCCUUGUGAAAACUGCAAAGUGUGUUCCUUUAUCUUUGUUUAUCAUUUUUCAUUGUGUUUAAUGAGGAAUAUGCUAUGAUAUGUUCAGCUUGUCAGACAUCUGACAAAGGCAUGGUCUGUGAUCUAUGCAAGGGUAUAUAUUCUCUUAUGUCCUACUUUAUGAUUUUCGU